UAGACGGUCACAGCUGAGCUAGCUGCAUGAGAUGGGUGCUUGGGUCGGGAUGGCCGCGGCGCCUGCGCACGGCAAGACCAAGAGCGGGCACUCGUCGUCGUCGGCCGUCCGGCCGGCGCGGCUGGCGGUCGCGGUGACCGUUAUGGCCGUGCUGCUCAUGGUCGUCCUCUUCGGUGCACGGUGGACGCCCAGCUCCGCCGGCGCCGGGGACACCAGCUGGGUCACGGCCGGCGCUCGCGUCGUCAUCAACGCCGUGUCCAGCGGCCAACAAGGCGCCGAUCCCGUCGUGAAGGUGGCGGAGGUGCACGACCGGCUGCUGGGCGGCCUCCUCUCGCCGGACUUCAACGACAGCUCCUGCCUCAGCCGCUACCGCGCCUCGCUCUACCGGCGGCAGUCAUUCCACGUCCUCUCGUCGCACCUCGCCUCCACCCUCCGCCGCUACGAGUCGCUCCACCGCCUCUGCGGCCCCGGCACGUCCGCCUACGAGCGCGCCGUCGCCCGCCUGCGCUCCCCGUCGUCGUCGAACACCUCCGACGACGACGCCGCCGCCGCUCCUCCCUCGGAGUGCAGGUACCUCGUGUGGACGCCUCACGCGGGGCUCGGCAACCGCAUGCUCUCGCUCACGUCCGCCUUCCUCUAUGCGCUCCUCACCGGCCGCGUCCUCCUCUUCCACCGCCCCGGCGACGACAUGAGGGACCUCUUCUGCGAGCCGUUCCCAGGCACGACGUGGAUCCUCCCGGAGGACUUCCCCAUCCGCGGCAUGGAGCGCUUCGGCAUACACACCCGCGAGAGCCUCGGCAACGCGCUGGGCCGCGGCGAGGGCGGCGGCAGGGCGCCGCCGCCGUGGAUGUACGUCCACCUGCGGCACGACUACACGCGCGGCGGCGCCAGCGACCGGCUCUUCUUCUGCGACGACGGGCAGGACGCGCUGCGGCGCGUCGGCUGGGUGGUGCUCCUCUCCGACAACUACUUCCUGCCCGGCCUGUUCCUGAUCCCGCGGUUCGAGCGCGAGCUGUCGCUCAUGUUCCCGCGCCGCGACGCCGCGUUCCACCACCUCGGCCGGUACCUGUUCCACCCGAGCAACACGGUGUGGGGGAUGGUGAUGCGGUACCACGGCUCGUACCUGGCCAGGGCGGAGGAGCGCGUCGGCAUCCAGGUGCGUACCUUCGGGUGGGCGCCCAUCUCCACCGACGACCUCUACGGCCAGAUCGUCUCCUGCGCGCACGGCGAGAACAUCCUGCCCCGCGUGCGCGAGCCCGGCUCCAGCAACGCCACCGCCGCCGCCACCACCGGAGCACGGCAGCCGGCGACGCGCAAGGCGGUGCUCGUCGUGUCGCUGCACGGCGAGUACUACGAGAAGAUCAGGGACCUGUACUACGAGCGCGGCGCGGCGGGCGGGGACGCGGUGAGCGUGUUCCAGCCGACGAACCUGGGCGGGCAGCACUCGGAGGAGCGGCUGCACAACCAGAAGGCGCUCGCGGAGAUCAUGCUGCUCAGCUUCUCCGACGCGGUGCUCACGUCGGCCGCCUCGACGUUCGGGUACGUGAGCCACGGUCUGGCCGGGCUCCGGCCAUGGGUGCUCAUGAGCCCCGUUCGCAGGAGGGCGCCCAACCCGCCGUGCCGGCUAGCCGCCACCAUCGAGCCGUGCUUCCACACCCCACCGCACUACGACUGCCAGGCGAAGACGAAAGGUGACAACGGCAGGACGGUCCGGCACGUCCGGCACUGCGAGGACCUCAGCGAUGGUGUUCAGUUGGUGGAAUGAGCCGCUACUCCAUGGCAUUCCAUUGUCCCUCAGCCUGUUCAUCUGCAAUGUUCUUUGUUCCUAAAGCAUUAAGAGAUCAUUUACUGAACUGUAAUGAAAGUUUGUAUGGUAUGAUAUUUCUCAAGGCUAGAACUUUGCACAUCAGCAAGAUAUGUCAACAAAACUAUAGACUAUAGUAAUUGAGAACACAGUGCUAACAAAUGAAAUAGAAAAUCAAGGUAAG